UUUGAACCACUAGAAGAAGGUGAAACACUUAAUCGCAUCACCAGUUUAUUAACCCGCUGUGGAUUUAAUAGUAACGGUAUUUUUGUUAUCGAUGGUUCUAAACGUUCAUCACAUGGUAAUGCUUAUUUUUCUGGUUUUGGUCGUAACAAACGCAUUGUGUUUUUCGACACCUUAUUAAAGAUGCUUAGUGAUGAUGAACUUGAAGCCGUGCUUGCGCAUGAGCUUGGCCACUUCAAGAAAAAACACAUCAUCAAAGGUAUG